CCAUCUGUGAUCCAUCCAUAACCCGUUCCGUUCCAUUCCUGUCUCCUCGUGAUCUCUACCUCUCGACGGAAUCGCGCGCCGCGCUCUCGCGACGCCGCCGCCGCCGAUCGAUCGAUGGACGCCGAGGCCGGCGUCGGCGGCGCCGACCAGCUGCCGUGGAGGCAACACUACAGGAAUUUACUGCUUUUAGCAUACCAGAGUUUUGGUGUUGUUUAUGGGGACCUAAGCACAUCACCUCUUUACGUUUAUAAAAGUACAUUCUCAGGAAGACUACGUCGAUAUCAAGAUGAGCAAACAGUCUUUGGUGUUCUUUCCUUGAUAUUUUGGACCUUCACACUUAUUCCUUUGCUGAAGUAUGUCACUAUUGUAUUAAGUGCUGAUGACAAUGGUGAAGGUGGGCCGUUUGCUCUUUAUUCACUGCUUUGCAGGCAUGCGAAACUUAGUUUUCUUCCAAAUCAACAAUCAGCAGAUGAAGAGCUAUCGACAUACUACAGAAAUGGUUUUACUUCACGUCAUGGAUCUUUACCUUGGCUAAGAAGGUUCAUGGAGAAGCACAAGAAUGCCAGAACCGUGCUUCUCCUCAUAGUUCUGUGCGGUGCUAGCAUGAUGAUUGGUGAUGGUAUCCUUACUCCAGCAAUCUCAGUUCUGUCAUCUAUGUCUGGAUUGAAAGUUCGAGCUACUGGUUUACAUGAUCGUUCUGUUGUACUCCUUUCAUGCAUUGUGUUGGUUGGUCUAUUUGCAUUGCAACACCGAGGUACUCAGAAGGUAGCGUUCAUGUUUGCACCAAUUGUCGUCAUCUGGCUCUUUUGCAUUGGUGGAAUUGGUUUAUACAACAUAAUACAUUGGAACCCAAGGAUAUACCAAGCUCUCUCUCCAUAUUAUAUUGUUAAGUUCUUUAGGACGACAGGUAAAGAUGGUUGGAUUGCUCUAGGAGGCAUACUUCUUUCUAUGACAGGCUGUGAAGCUAUGUUUGCCGACCUUGGUCACUUCACGAGUGCAUCUGUCAGGCUAGCUUUUAUCACCAUCAUAUACCCAUGUCUUAUAUUACAAUAUAUGGGUCAGGCGGCAUUUCUGUCAAAAAAUAUCCUUGACAUGCCCACAGGUUUUUAUGAUUCUAUCCCAGGACCUAUAUUUUGGCCUGUGUUUGUGGUGGCCACUCUCGCUGCUGUUGUUGGUAGCCAAGCUGUCAUUUCAGCAACAUUCUCUAUUGUGAAGCAGUGCCAUUCGUUGGGAUGUUUCCCUCGAGUGAAGGUUGUCCACACAUCAAGGUGGAUCUAUGGACAGAUAUACAUUCCUGAAAUAAAUUGGAUCCUUAUGGUGCUCUGUGUAGCUGUCACAGUUGCAUUCCGUGAUAUUACACUUAUUGGUAAUGCCUAUGGUGUUGCGUGCAUGACUGUUAUGUUUGUCACUACAUUCUUGAUGGCAUUGAUCAUGAUCUUCGUUUGGCAAAAGAACAUAAUAUUUGCUCUAUCUUUCUUUUUAUUAUUCGGAUCCGUUGAAGUUGUUUAUCUCUCCUCAUCCCUCAUGAAGGUUACUCAGGGAGGAUGGGUGCCGCUUGUGCUUGCUUUAAUAUUCAUGUCUGUCAUGUAUAUUUGGCACUAUGGGACAAGGAAGAAGUACCAGUAUGAUCUUCAGAAUAAGGUAUCAAUGAGAUAUAUCCUGUCCCUGGGUCCAAGCCUUGACGUAGUUCGUGUCCCAGGAAUUGGUCUGAUUUACACAGAACUGGUGACUGGUGUACCCAACAUCUUCACACAUUUCACUACUAAUCUCCCUGCCUUUCAUGAAGUCCUAGUCUUUCUUUGUGUCAAGUCAGUACCAGUACCAUAUGUGUCGCCAGAUGAACGAUACCUUGUGGGCAGGAUUGGACCUAGAGCAUAUCGGAUGUACCGCUGCAUUGUUAGGUAUGGUUACAAAGAUGUUCAGAGAGAUGAUGACAAUUUUGAGAACAUGUUAGUUAUGAACAUUGGGAAGUUCAUUAUGAUGGAAGCUGAGGAUGCAUCUUCUUCAGCAAGUUAUGAUACUGCUAAUGAAGGACGAAUGGCCGUCAUAACAACAUCUGAUGACUAUGACUCUCCACUAGCUGUGAGAGAUUCCAAUGACCUAGCUGACUCCAUGACGAUGAGGAGCACUAAAUCAGAGAGUCUUCGAAGCUUGCAAUCCUCUUAUGAGCAGGAAUCACCUAAUGUGAGCCGGAGGCGACGUGUUCGCUUUGAGCUGCCAGAGGAGGAUGACAUGGAUCAACAGGUUAAAGAUGAGCUGUUAGCACUUGUGGAGGCAAAACAUACAGGGGUAACCUACGUCAUGGGGCAUGUCUAUAUCAAAGCUAGGAAGAACUCUAGUUUUUUUAAGAGAUUUGCAAUUGAUGUUGGCUACUCUUUCCUCCGGAAGAACUGCAGAGGUCCAUCGGUCACACUGCACAUUCCACAUAUUAGUCUGAUAGAAGUUGGAAUGGCGUACCAAGUGUAGCGCGAUGCUCAUCGCAGGUCACGACGUCACGUGGAUACCCGGUAGCAACAAAUCAUGUGCUACCUGUGGCCGCCUUUUUGGAGUCGAGGCUUUGAUUCCUAUGCUUUAUCCAUGCGUUUUCAGUUUCAGUUGGUACAGAUGAAGAGGCUCUCUAUGUUAAUAUGAUCAUUUAGCUCAAAUAAAGCAUCAGAUCUAAUGAUCGUAGUUUGCUCUUCCCUUUUGGUAUAUUUACAUGCAUGCUCUGUAAUUUUUAUGGGAGCUAUGUAAUGGAAAUAUGCGUCCCCGUUUUUAUUGCAGCUAUGUAAUGGAAAUAUGCGUUCUCGUAGCUGAUAUAUCCCAAUUUUUGUUAGGAAGCGAUUACCACAUAUAUUCUUUCAUGUAUGAAUUUCUUAUGGAACAGAACAUCUGUAGAUAUACAGUGCCUCGUGGAAUUUCUCUGCAAAUAAACCAGAUACUAGAUAACAUCAGUAUGAUUUCCUUUUUCA